GUAGAGUCCCCAAAGUAUCUCUCUUCUGUUCUUGCUCGUACACUGUAUCCUUUAUUCAUCCUCAACGUCUACACCUUCACAUACCCGCCUCCUGAAUACCAUCUUGCCCUCGAUCCCCGAUCCUACCAGCCUCAUUAAAAUUCGCCCCGACCUCAUCAAAAUCAACUCAUCCACUGCCAAACCGAAUCGUCGGACUACGAGCUUCAAGAUGCUCCUCACCGCCUUCCUUAGCACCAUCCCCCUCCUAUCGCUGGUCUCUGCCGAACCUCUCGGGGUCGCUCCACCAAGAACGUUCGAAAAGAGGCAGGUAGAGCUCAGUGGGGAGAUGAUCGACAAGGUCAGGACGUUGGCUUAUAACCUGAACAACAAGAGUUGGGAAAACGGAACCCUCGCCCAAGCGAUCAUCGAAUUCGACUACCCCUCCUUCAGCCCUUUCAACACCUCCCACACCCCACCUUCCACUACUCCUUCCCUCCAAUCCUCCGUUCCGGACCCUAUCAUCUCCCUCGCCCGGGUCACCCUGGAAAACCGUCCUACCGCCCAAAACGCCGACACCCUAGAUAAUCCGUUCCGGGGGGGCAGGUUGUUGGAGGAUGGGAGUUCGGCGGAUCCGGCGAGUUUGGGGGUGGCGGUCUUGUUAGCCGGAACGAGUGAGAGCGUGGGAGGGGAUGUGAUCGGAGGGGUCAAUUUCUCGGUCGCUGCGAGGGAAGAGGUCGAGUAUCAGCUUUAUAACGUGCCCAGGACCUCGGAGGGCGCCAUCUCCCACCGAGCCGCGGAAGCUCAGCUCUGGGCCGACUUUAUGUACAUGGUACCCCCCUUCCUCGCCUACUACGGGUUCGACACCGCCAACCAAACCCUCCUCCAGAUCGCAUACGACCAAUGCCGGCUCUAUCGUGACGCUCUCCAGGACAAGGAUACCAAGCUCUGGCGCCACAUCGUCGGAGGGGAGGGGAACGGGAUAUCCGAUUCCGGUCUCUGGGCUACGGGGAACGGAUGGGCUACGGCGGGCAUGUUACGUGUAGCUGCUACGAUCCGACGGAGCGAGUUUAGCGGGGACAUGGAGGAUCAGGUCAACGAUCUCGCAGCGUGGGUGGGGGAGAUUGUCGAUGCCGCCAAGUCCCGGGUGACUUCGUCAGGGUUGGUCAGGAACUAUAUAGACGACCAAUCUUCUUUCCCCGAUACUGCCGGAUCUACCAUGCUCGCUUAUUCCGCCUUCCGACUGUCCACCAUGGGAUUCACCAACGACCAUACGGGGUUCGCCAAUCAGGUGCAUUCUACCGUCGUAUCGCGUCACUUGGCUGAUAACGGGACCUUGACGGACGCAGUGGACCCCUUGGUCUGGGACAGACUGGGGACGGCGGGAUCACCAGAGGGACAGAGUUUCGUACUCUUGAUGCAAGCGGCGUAUAACGAGUACAGGACCGCGGGAGGAUCCGAUGAUACCGAGGGCAAGGACGAGUCCGGUGGGGUAGCGUUGGGCAUCAAGGGUGCUUGGAUUGCGCUCGUGGCAGUCGGUGUUGCGCUCGUCGGCGCAUGGGUCGCUUGAUGGAAGGCGGACUCGUCUGAGUUUCGAGGUUGUGCUAGGAAAAGAAGGAAAGUGCUCGCUCGCUCUUGUAUCGCAUUCAUAAUAGAUGAAGUUUCUCUGUCGAUGUCGUGCUCGCUAUGAUAUUGCAUUUCCCGCUUGA